CCGCCCGGCUCCCGGGGCCCGCAGCCGGCCGGCGCCCGGACUAUGAGGAGCGGGAGCGGGCGGGGGGCGGCGGCAGCGGCGGCGGCAGCGGCCCCGGUGCGGCGGGAGCGGGAGCGGGGACGCCGCCGCCGCCGGCCGGGUCAUGCCCGUGCGCCCGGGGCUGCGGCGGGAUGGGCGCGCUCCGGGCCGGUGCCCUCGCCUUCCUCCUCCUCCUCCUCCUCGGCUGCCUCCUGCCCCGGCGCGGCCCGCUCAGGCUGGUCUCAGGGCGGGAGGAGAUUAAAGCUGGCUCCCGAAGCUCAGCCCAGCCCAUGUCACCCUCUGAUUUCCUGGACAAGCUCAUGGGACGAACCUCAGGGUACGACGCCCGCAUCCGACCCAACUUCAAAGGUCCGCCCGUCAACGUCACCUGCAACAUCUUCAUCAACAGCUUUGGCUCCGUCACCGAGACCACCAUGGACUACCGGGUGAACGUGUUCCUGCGGCAGCAGUGGAACGACCCCCGCCUGGCUUACCGCGAGUACCCCGACGACUCCCUCGACCUCGACCCCUCCAUGCUCGACUCCAUCUGGAAGCCAGACUUGUUCUUUGCCAACGAGAAAGGGGCCAAUUUCCACGAGGUCACCACUGACAACAAGCUCCUGCGCAUCUUCAAGAAUGGCAACGUGCUCUACAGCAUUAGGCUGACACUGAUCCUGUCCUGCCCCAUGGACCUCAAGAACUUCCCCAUGGACAUCCAGACAUGCACCAUGCAGCUGGAGAGUUUUGGCUACACUAUGAACGACCUCAUCUUCGAGUGGCUGGAGGAGCAGGAGGCCGUGCAGGUGGCAGAGGGCUUGACACUCCCACAGUUCAUCCUCAGGGAUGAGAAGGACCUGGGCUAUUGUACCAAGUACUACAACACAGGAAAAUUCACCUGCAUCGAGGUGAAGUUCCACCUGGAGAGGCAGAUGGGUUACUACCUGAUCCAGAUGUACAUCCCCAGCCUCCUCAUCGUCAUCCUCUCCUGGGUCUCCUUCUGGAUCAACAUGGAUGCGGCGCCAGCCCGGGUGGGCCUGGGCAUCACCACGGUGCUCACCAUGACCACGCAGAGCGCCGGCUCCCGCGCCUCCCUGCCCAAGGUGUCCUACGUGAAGGCCAUUGACAUCUGGAUGGCCGUGUGCCUGCUCUUCGUCUUCGCCGCCUUGCUGGAGUACGCAGCCGUCAACUUUGUCUCCCGCCAGCACAAGGAGUUCAUGCGCCUGCGCCGCCGCCAGCGCCGCCAGAGGAUGGGCCUGAGCAGCGGCACGGCCAGCCUGGAGUCCCUGCGGCAGCUGAGCAGCCGGCACAGCAGCGAGCACACCUACGCGACGCUCUCGCAGCUCUCCAGCUCCCGGGAGGAAGAGCUCAGCCGCGAGAGCCGCUUCUACCUGCGGGGCUACGGGCUGGGCCACUGCCUGCAGCCCAAGGAGGGGGCUGGGGAGGGUCCCGGCGUGUACAGCCCCCCGGCAGCCCCCGCCGUGCUGCGAGAGGGGGAGAGCCUCCGCCGGCGCUACAUCGACCGCGCCAAGCGCAUCGACACCAUCUCCAGAGCCGUCUUCCCCUUCACCUUCCUGCUCUUCAAUAUCUUCUACUGGGUCGUUUACAAAGUGCUGCGCUCCGAGGACAUCCACUUGGUGCCCUGAGGCUGGAAAAGUACGGCUGCCUCUUGGUGUGACCCCCGCAGCGAGCCCAGGUGCCACAAGCUCGGCCAGAACUGCAUUCCCUCUGUCCCGGAGCUGGGCUGGGCCGCAGAGCCUGGGCAUGUGGCAGCCCCCGUGCCCCACUGGAUCCCGUGGCACAGAGUGGGGGAUCAACAAUCACAGGUCCCCGUGGUCAGCUGGAGAGAGGGACCCCUCCUGCUUCCUGCAUGGUGUCACCCCAGGUCCCCCGGGAUGCUGUGCUGUCAGGGCACAGGGAAACAACGGCUCCCCAGGAAUGCUGAGCUGCUGGGGAUGCCUUGGGUAGCCAGGGGCACAGGAGAGCCCCAGGUACUCUGGCACAGCCAGAAAACAUCACCUUCCAGAAAACUACCCUCCCCUUCUCCACACCUACCAUGUCAGACUGCUGCUUCUCCAGGCAGCAUCACUGAGCUGUGUGCCCCGAGCAGCCAGGGAUUAGGUGCAGCCCUCUCCUCUGGCCUGGAGCCUGGCUGCAGGGAAGAGCAGGCAGCACCCCUGCCUGCACCUGCACUGUACAGGGUGCAGGCUAUGGCCCCACAGCCCCCUGGCCAUCAAUGACAGGGCCCUGCAGCCCCAGCCAGCUCCAACACACAGCAAAGCAGCAGGGUGGGGCUGCUGCCCUCCCUGCAGAGCUCAGAGCUGCCCCUGAGGCCCAGGGCUGCAGGCAGGACUGUGGCAGGGACAGUGGGCAGCUCCAAGGAAAGGCCAGCCCUGAGGCAGGCAGCAGGCAAGCUCAGUCCUGCUGAAGGGGCCCAGAUGGAGUCACUUAGCACUGGGGAGAUGGCACUGCAUUAUCAGCAGGGUAGGGCCCACAGCCCACCUUCCAAGCAAGAUCUCUUGGGAUGAAAGCAGUGGGGAAAGCUUGGCCAGUCUGUUUGGAGGAGCAGAGUGAGUGGUGGCAUCCCCAGACUGCUGCAUUCCCACAGCACCACGGUGCCAGAGAGAUGGAGGUGAGAAUUGCCCCAUUCCUCAGCCCAGCAUCUGGGUACAGCAUCCCCUGGGCAACUUCAUCCAUAAUACUCUUCCACUGGAGAGGAGAGCAACUGGAACCCCAACAGGACAAGCUCAGCAAGGCUUCCAGCCCUCCAGACCUGGAUACCCUCCAUGCUUUGCAGGAAAUAAAAGCAGCAGGUGAUGCUUAA